AGAGUCGGGCAGGGGCGAGCCAGAGCGGUGAGCUCAGCGAGCGCGGCGGCGGCUUCUGCGGAGUGUGGGAGGCCAGCGAGGCCGAGCAGCCAGCGCGCCCCCCGAGCGCCCCCCCAGCCUCUCCCGAGCUCCGGGCCCCCGCCUGCCGCGGCUCCCGCGUCCGGCCGCGCCGCGCCCCGCCCGCCCGCCCCGCUCCGGCCCCGUCCCCGCCGCCGCCGCCGCCGCCGCCAUGGGGGUGGAGGGCUGCACCAAGUGCAUCAAAUACCUGCUCUUCGUCUUCAAUUUCGUCUUCUGGCUGGCCGGGGGCGUCAUCCUCGGCGUGGCCCUCUGGCUCCGCCAUGACUCCCAGACCACCAGCAUCCUGCACCUGAAUCUCGAUGACAAGCCGGCCCCCAGCACCUUCUACGUGGGCAUCUACAUCCUGAUCGCCGUGGGCGCCGUGAUGAUGUUCGUGGGCUUCCUCGGCUGCUAUGGAGCCAUCCAGGAGUCCCAAUGCUUGCUGGGCACGUUUUUCACCUGCCUGGUGAUCCUGUUUGCCUGUGAGGUGGCCGCUGGCAUCUGGGGCUUCGUCAACCGGGACAAGAUCGCCAAGGACGUGAAGCAGUUCUAUGACCAGGCGCUGCAGAAGGCCGUGAUGGAGAGCAACUCGGGCAACGCCAAGACCGUGGUGAAGUCCUUCCAUGAGACGCUGGGUUGCUGCGGCUCCGACUCCUUUACCUCCUUGAUCACAGCAGCCUCCAACAGUGACCUCUGCCCCAGCGGGAGCAACGUCUUCACCGUCCCCUUCAAGGCAAACUGUCACCAGAAGAUCGACGAGCUCUUCUCGGGGAAGCUGUACCUGAUCGGCAUCGCCGCCAUCGUGGUGGCCGUCAUCAUGAUUUUCGAGAUGAUCCUCAGCAUGGUCCUGUGUUGCGGCAUCCGGAACAGCUCCGUGUACUGAGGGGCCGUGCCUCUGGGGCUGCUGGGAGGGGCGGGCGGGAGAGGAGGGGGCGCCCCCAGACUGGCACCGAGUGACCAGAAGGCGACUGAAGGAAGUUGAGAGAAUUAUGUAUAGAAAUGUUUCUGAUAUUACCCUAUAGUACUUACUAGCAUUUUUACUUUGGGGGGGCUGGGCUGGGGGGGCGACUUUGGAAUAGAGGUGACAGGUCCCUUCCCGGGCUGGGCUGCGGGCGUUUGGUGGAUCUGGGGCCUCCAGGAGGGGGGUCCUGGGAGGAGGGCAGGCUCAGCAGCCCCGCCCUCCCAGGCUGACCCCAGCCUGUGGCCCCCUCCCCCUCACAGCUGUGGCCUUUUUUUUUUUUUAACCCAUCUGCAUUAUUUGGUCCCCACCUACUGCUGGAGCAGCAUUUCUCACUCUCGCCCUUCCCGGCCUCGGGCGUCCCACCGGCCUUUGCACCGGAACCAGGCUGUUAGCUGUGCCUGGCGGGAGCUCCUGGGGCCGGGCGGCCAUAGCCCUGCCAGCCCUCCCUCUGGGCUCUGCUUUGGGAGGGGGCUGGCAGGAGGGUGGCUGCAAGACCACGUGCGGCCCCAGGCCCAGCCCAGCCCACCCCAGUGCUUCACCAGACCUGCCCCGGGUGCCCUGCCUGGGGUGGGAGGGGGUGGGGGGGGCAGCAAGUGAUGGAGUCCUAGAAAGCCUUAAAGGAAAACUGCCCAGAAUGUCUGUGGGGGGAGGGGCAGGGGCUCUCAGUGUCUCUCGGUGCCGCCCUGGGCAUGCAUGUAUAUAUGUUUACAUAGAUGUUGUAUGUUCUCGGUAUGUUCCGGGCCGCGGAUCUGGCCCAGGGGCAGCAGCCAGGCCUUCCCGUGCGUCUGUUCCGAGGGUGGCCGGCUGGGAGGGGUCAAAGGUGCUGGGCUAGGGGGUAGGCCUUUGACCCCUCCUCGCCUCGGCUGGCUGCCCAGGGCUGGAGUCCGGGCCAUGGCCAAUGCCCCGAGACAGAUCCCUUCCUGCCGCCAAGCUCCUGGACCUGCCCAGCCCGAGGCGAGAGGCCAGGGAGGAGACCCCCACCAAGCUCGGCCCUCCCCUGCCCACCGAGCUCGGCCCUCCCCUCCCUGGAGCCCACUGGGCCCAGAUUCUGCCUUUCUCCUCCUUCCCUCCCUCCCCCGUGCGCUUCACACUGACCCAAGUAAUGCUUGCCCCGCACUGUCUCCCCCGGCCUGCACCCCGUGUCCCCCCGGCCCCACACCUGUCUCCCCCGGCCCCUCGCCCGGCUGUGGCUCUCAGUGCCCCAGGUGUCCGCCAUCCCAGCCAGGGGUGGCCCCUGGCCUGCUGCCCCGCCCAGGCCAGGAAGGUGGGGGGGGGCCUGUUGCUUUUGGCCCCCAGCAGUCUCUGUGCUUGGGAUGCCACUCCCUGGCCAGGACUCCCGGGGAGGAGGGGCCUGGGAUGGACCCAGGAAUGACCAUCAGGGAAAGGAGGGGCCUCGAGUGAUUCCCCAGCCCACCCUACCCUCUCCGGCUUUGCCUGGGGGAGGGGGGACAGCAUGGCCCGAGGGUCCCCCGCCCCCUUUGCUCCUGCUGUUGUCUGUCUGCCUGUUCACCCCCCAUGUGACUCCUCAAUCCAUGUAUCCAAUAAAACAAGCACUCUGGUGA